AUGGGAAUCCGGUACCUGCAAGUGCAAACACAUCACUCGCUCCUUGAUAGAGACGUCAUAGAGCUGUGCCAUACAUCAUGCUUGCUUGAAGAUGCUGGACCUCUCAAAUCGUACUUGUCGACUGUCAAAAGUUGGCUGGAUGCAAACCCGAACGAAGUCGUCAGUAUUCUCUUGACAAACGGAGACUCGGUAGCCAUUACCGAGUUUGGAGACACAUUCUCCGGCAGCGGGAUUACCGACUAUGUCUACGUCCCUCCCAAAAAUCCCCUAUCAAUUGCAGAUUGGCCCACAUUGGGUGAUAUGAUCUCUAGCGGAAAGAGAUUGGUCGUAUUCCUAGACUAUGGUGCCGACACGACAAAAGUGAACUUCAUCCAAGACGAGUUUGCCUACUACUUCGAGACAGCCUAUGAUGUGACAGACUCCUCUUUCUCAAACUGCAGUAUUGACCGGCCCUCUGGCGCCGCCGCUACAGGCCGUAUGGGAAUUGUCAAUCACUUCCUUGACAUCGAUGUUUUCGGCGUAAAGAUUCCAGCUCGCCAUAAGGUAGGUACGACUAAUUCUGCUACGGGACCUGGCAGUAUUGGUGCCCAGGCGGCGCUAUGCGCGGGGCUAUAUGGGCGUGCGCCAAAUGUGGUACUGGCGGACUUUGUAGAUAAAGGGGAUGUUAUUACGGCGCAGAAGAGUCUGAAUGGGUUCUAG